AUUCUUUAUAAAUAUUUUUUUUUUAAUAGAAAUUAUCUUACAUUAAAAUAUAUUUUGAUUAAGUUUUAGCGCGGUUUUAAUUUAGCUUCAGUGAAUGUAUAACAAUAGCUUAAAUAGAGUGUAAUUACACACAUAUAUAUAUAUAUAUAAGGUUUAGGAAAAAUUAUCUAUCAACGAUGAUAACCAUCGCGCUGUUAUUUGUGUUAACCUCUUUAUCGUUCGUCUUGUUGUAUUGGUUUAGGAGUAAUGGAAACAAAUUAGAACCUCCGUUAGCAGAUAAAAAAAGGUUUCUAAUUGGUCAUGCGCAAUAUUUUUAUGGAGGCAGUGAAGCUUUAUGGGAAAAUAUUUCAAUUUUAACUGAACAAUCUCGGAAAUACGAUGGAGUUCUUAAACUAAUAAUUGGACUACAAAAUUCCUACUUUGUAGCGGAUCCUGAUGAUUUCGCAACUGUAAUGAACUCAUGUUUACUAAAACUUAAAAUAGUUGACUUUGCUAAGCCGUGGCUCGGAAAUGGACUUGUUACAGCGUCUCCAUCAAUAUGGAAAGCCCAUCGUAGAUUAAUAAACCCAUCCUUUAAUCAGCAUGUAGUUGAUAGUUUUUUGGGUAUAUUUAACAGCCAAUCCCGUCGCUUUGUGAGAAGCCUAGAAGUUGAAGUAGGAAAAGGGCCAUUUGAUCACUACGUUUAUUGUCAUCGCAUUGCGUUGGAAACAAUAUGCCAGACCGCGUUAGGAGAUGACUUUAUGAAUAAUAGCUCUAAAAGCUCUGAAUACGUCUGCACAAUAGACAAAAUGUUAAACAUUCUCAUAUCAAGAUUCCAGAAAUUUUGGUUACAUCCAGAUAUAAUAUAUAACUUUUCUAGUGUCAAACGACAAGAAAAGGACUGCAUUAAAAUAUUACACGAAGGUUCUACUGCAAUUCUACAAAAGAAAAAAGAGAGUUACAUGAAGGAAAUGUCAUCAAUGGAUGAGAAAUUUAAUAGAACAAAAUUUAAACCAUUCAUUCAACUGCUUUUGGAACUGUCUCACAAUACGAAGGUCCUGACUGAAGAUGAGAUCAAAGAACAUGUAGAUACAAUUAUCGUAAGUGGUUCUGAUACAUCUGGUGGUACCAUAACAUACUGUAUGUUACUAAUCGGUUCUUACCCACGCGUUCAGAAUAAAAUUAUUGAAGAAUUACACACUGUUUUUGGUAAUGACGACAGAGAUGUUACGAAAGAGGAUCUCUCGAAAUUGGUUUAUUUGGAUGCGGUGAUUAAAGAAUCAAUUCGUUUAUACCCCACCGUGGCUCUUACAGGAAGAGAUAUUGAAGAGGACUUGAAAUUACGCAAUUACACAUUAUCAAAAGGGGCUUCAGUGUAUCUCUCGAUAUAUGCGUUAUACCACCAUCCUCAGUGGGGUCCUGAUGUCGAGGAAUUCAAACCAGAACGUUGGCUUGAUCCAUCGUUACUACCAUCAUGGGCAAAUUCAAUAGGUUUUGGAGUAGGCCGAAGAUUUUGUAUAGGAAAGACUUAUGCCCUCAUGUCCAUUAAGACAACAAUGGUUCAUGUUUGUCGAAACUUCCUAAUAUAUGGCAACCAUAAAAAUAUGAAACUUAAGUUGGACGUACUGCUGAAACCUGCUUCUGGGCAUUAUAUUACUAUUAAAAAGAGAACAUAGCUACACAACAUGUACCUAUUUUUACUUUAAUAUUAAAAUAUAAAAGAUGUUCAUAUAUUCAAUAAAUUGUAUUAAAUAAUAUAUAUUUGUAAUCUGUCAA